GUCAUCAACUUGGCAAUAGGAGGCGACCUCACGUCAACAAUGUUACUCUGUGCUGUGGUCAUACUUACCCGCCGUGUGUUCGCCUGUUCGUUCUGUUAUUCUCAAAAGAGGCUCGAUGGAAAGACAGUUGUCAUCACCGGGUGUAAUGUCGGCAUUGGGAAAGAGACGGCUCGGGAACUGAGCAGGCGAGGCGCGAGGAUCAUCAUGGCUUGCAGGGAUACCAAGAAGGCCGAGAAGGCAGCCGAAGAAAUCCAGAAGGAGACAGGAGGAGAGAUGGAGGUCAUGAAGCUGGACCUAGCAUCCCUCGCCUCCGUCAGGGCGUUUGCUGAGGAACUCAGACUGAAGGAGAAAAGGCUCCACGUACUCAUUAAUAAUGCAGGUAUUUUCAUGUGCCCUUACACGAGGACCGAAGACGGCUUCGAGAUGCAGAUGGGCACCAACCACCUGGGGCACUUCUUGCUGACCAAUCUGCUCCUGCCCCUCCUGACCCACCAGGAACCAGCUCGGGUCGUCACUCUCAGCUCCAUCGAGCACUUGAGAGGCAUUAUACCCUUCGAGGACAUGAACUACGAGAAGGGCUACAAUAGGUCUAAGGCCUACGCCAACAGCAAGGUGGCCAAUGUUCUCUUCACUCGUCACCUGGCCAAGAGAGUGCAAGGUACCAACAUCCAGGUCUUCGCCCUCCAUCCAGGGGUCGUCCAGACCGACCUGGGACGUCACCUGCUGGGAGGGUACUUACUGUCUCUCAUCAGCUUCUUCCAGAAGACGACAGUCGAGGGAAUACAGACGGUUUUACACUGCGCGUUGGAGGCCGACCAGAAUGACGAGACUUACUACUUCAGCGAAUGCAACGGAGCCUACUCCUCAAGGAUCUCUAGGAGAGACGACCUCGCUGAGGAUCUCUGGCAUCUGUCCGCGAAGAUGGUUGGAAUGAGGGAAUGAGGAUAUUGUCAUUGUAUCAUUCAGUAGAUGAAAUCUAUUCAUAUGGAAGAAGCUUACCACAGGGGCCCACUGACUUGAAAUUCAAGCUUCCAAAGAGUAUGCUGUUCAUUUAUUAUUAU